AUGUCGUCCAAUCCGGUUCAACACCAACACACAAAGCAUAUAGAGAUUGAUAUUCACUUUGUUCGUGACAAAGUUGCCAUUGGUCAUGUCCGGGUCCUCCAUGUCCUCUCGAGCUCUCAGUACGCAGACAUCUUCAUGAAGGGGCUAUCUCAUUCUCUAUUUUCGGAUUUCAAAUCCAGUUUGAACGUUUGCAAUUCGGACGUUCCAACUGCGGGGGAUGUUAGCAGAUCACAUUGUCCAAUGCAAUUUCUGUAUGGUAAUUAUAGUGAUAACGUCCCAGCAUUACGAUUGGACCCGAAUUCUUGGACGAAGGUGGCUAAUGUGAUAUAUUUGGAUGCACCCACAUUAACCGGAUAUUCAUAUACAAAAACCUCAGAAGCUAUUCGUUCGAGUGAUAUGUUAUCGGCAUCACAGACAGUUGAAUUCAUAAGGAAGUUUGUUAGGAAUCAUCCGAAGUUUUUAAACAAUCCUAUGUAUGUUACUGGAAUUUCUUAUUCUGGUAUUGUUAUUCCGAUCAUCACCGAAAAGUUGUACAAAGGUAACGAUGAAGGAUUAGAACCGAUGGUAAACGUUAAAGGAUAUAUGGCAGGAAACCCAUUGACAGAUAAAACUGGUGAUAUAGACUCCAGGCUUGAAUAUGCGUAUCGUAUGGCACUUAUAUCCAAGGAAUUAUUUGAGUCAACUAGAAAUGCUUGCAAUGGAGAAUAUGCAGAAGCUGAUUCUAACAAUUUGUUAUGCAUGUCGAAUAUUCAUGAAGUCAACAAACGUGUUAAACAAAUUAAUAUACAACAAAUUUUGGAUCCUGAUUGCAAACCAACCGAGACCAAUUUGUUUAGAACAGUAAGUACAAGAAGAAACGGAUAUCGGAGAUCUUUAUUGACCAAUCAAAUUAAAAUGAUUCCUGUACAAUCUUCGGUCAAUUACACCUUUUGUCGGUUUAGAUGGUGUCUUGAAUGGAUGCCUUAUGUUGCUGUGUUGUUUAGAGUGAAGUACAUGGAUACUGAUGAAAUUGAGUGGAUCACAAUCUACAUGGAAACAUAA